AUGUCCGAGAUUGCUAACCAACAUGAGAUUAAUCAGAGCUACUGGUUUAAAUGGAAUGAUUAUCAAAACCAUCUAUCCGAUGUAGUUAGACAACUUUUGGAGGAGGAUUGUAUGGUGGAUGUUACUCUGGCUGCUGCUGGAGAACGUAUUCAUGCUCAUCGCAUAGUUCUCUGUGCUUGCAGCACUUUGUUUCGAGAAAUAUUGAGUCAAGUAAAUGAAGAUCAUCCAACGAUAAUAUUAAGCGAUAUAUCUGCUCAAGAUAUAAAAUCUAUCAUAGAAUUCACUUACCAUGGAGAAGUAAGGGUCCCAGUUGAGAAUAUCAGUAGUUUAUUAGAUGCAGCACGUUCAUUAAAAAUUUGUGGUCUCAUUGAGAUCGAUGGACUUGAUGAAAGUGACUCUAUUGCGAGCACUAAAGAUUUUAAUGAUAAUAAUGAGGAGCCAAUGACUGUAAUUAGUGAGAGUGAAGAAAAUGUUAUUAAUACAUUGCAACAUGGUUAUGAAGAUUUAGAGGACCAACAAAAACAAGAGAUCAUUGAAAAUUCCAUUUCACAUAAAAAAAAGAAACGUAGACGAGACACAACGAAAAGAGAUUAUAGUGAUGAUAUGCUAGCGUCGGCAAUUAAUGAUUUAAAGUCUGGUCAAACAUUGAUAGAAGCUUCUACUAAACAUAACAUACCGCGUUCGACUUUGUACAUGCGUGCUAAAGCAUUAGGUAUACAUUUGAACGCAUCGAGAAAUGAGUAUCCCGCGGAAUGUAUGAAGGCUGCUAUAAAUGCGGUAAUUGGUGGAUCAAGUUUGCAACAUGCAUCAGAAAUGUUUAGUAUACCCAAAACUGUCUUAUGGAGAAGGAUUCAGAAAGAAGGGUAUCAAAUAUUACGUUCUGAAAUGAAACGGUCUUAUGGUUCUGAUAAACGAGAAGCUGCAGUUAAAGCUCUAGAAAGGGGAGAGAAUUUAACCAAAGUUGCACUUGAAUUCAAAAUUCCAAAGACUACUUUAUUUAGAGAUAAAGCUCGAUUGGUAGACGAGGGAAAACUACCAUUAUCAUUUUGGAAAAAGCGUAAAACGGAAAAUGAAGAGUUAAAAAAAUCUCGUUUAGAAGAAGCUGUUGCUGCUUGUAAAGGAGGAAAAAUGUCACAAGCAGCAGCGUCAAUUACUUAUCAUAUUCCAAAGACUACUAUAUGGAGACGCCUUCAACAAGACGGCAAAAAGUCAGAGCGUUCAUUAAACUCAAAGAAGCAAAGAAUAACGGAUUCUAAACAUAAUCCGGAAGCGAAGGUAGAAGAAGGAUCUGAUUUCACAUAUUGCGAGGUUUCAUCGGAAAUUCCUAUAACUUACAUAGAUGAAAAUAGUAUGCCUGAAGAUUCUGUAAUAAUAUUAACAGCAGAAGAUGUGGACGGGCUUAAUUUAGAAGAAGGACGACAAAUUAUUGUUAAUUCAGAAUCAGGACAAGAGUAUGUACCUUGCGCUAUAAGUAUUGAGGAAAAUUCAAAUUAUUCACAGACAGAAAGUUAG